AUGACCACAGCAGAGGAGCGAGAUCUCCAGUUUCCUGCCCAGUUGGAGCAAGGGGUGCAGAGCGAUAUCAGAAUGGAGGAGGAAAGCUCAAGAGGCCCCCAGCUGACUGAAGAGUCCAGAAAAGCCCCGCACGCCCGCCAAGCUGGGGGAUUCCCGCCAAGGAGCCUGGGAGAAGAAGUGAAACAGGAACAAGACGAGGGGCAGCUUCAGAGAUGGGAAGUCCAAUGGCAGGAGUUCCUGAAGACGGUGGAAGCCUCUCCGUCAGAGUGGAAGAACCCCCAGUGGAGGGGUGAAUGUGUCCCUUCAGGCGAAGCUGAGGUGGUUCCCACUCCGCUUCUAGGUCGGCCUGUCUCCGGCUGCCAAAUUGCAGGAGAGCAGAAUCUACCAGAUCCUCAUGAACCUCCCGGGCAAGUGUGUGCCAGGCUCAAAUGUGGAGACUUUGGGCAAGUGAAGGAAGAAAUGGAGGGCCAGGAGGCCCUUGGCCCAGAAGUGCAACGCCAGCGCUUCAGGGGGUUCCUCUACCUGGAGGCCGAGGGCCCCCGCAGUGUUUGCUGCCAGCUCCGGGAACUUUGUCAUCGGUGGCUCCAGCCUGAGAGACGCACCAAAGAGCAGAUCCUGGAGCUGGUGAUCCUGGAGCAGUUCCUGGCUGUCCUGCCCCCGGAGAUGUUGAACUGGGUUAAGCAACGUGGCCCAGGGACCUGCUCUCAGGCCGCCGCCCUGGCAGAGGAGUUCCUGCUAGAAAAGCGAGCAGCGGAAGGGCUGGAAGAACAAGGUCUGGAGCCAAUGGAAGAGGCAGCCCUGAACACUUCCAAAGCAGCACAGUCUUCCUUGCGCCACUGGCAGAUGCCAGUCCACAGGGAGGCAGGACAGGAGGGUGACGCUGGAAGUGGAAGAUUCCCAGGCAAACGGUUCAAUAAUACGAAUGAGGAAGAGAAAUGUGGUCUGGAAGGAUCCGACCACACGGCUGCCAAUGAUGUAUCCAAGAGAAGAGCAAAUGAGAUGCCGUUCCAGAAUCUUAGAGGGGACUCAAGGUGUCCACGUGGGCCAGAACAGAAGGGAAUGUGCCCCAGGGCAGGAACACAGGAGUCAGUUCCUUCUCAGGGCCCAAAACCUGCCUUUAAAACCAUCAUGCAACACAGAAUUCACCAGCGGCAGAACCUGCACACGGUCGGUGGGCGAAGCUUCCGGCGGUCCUCAGCUGUUGUCAAAUGCGAGCACACCCAAGUGAGGCGUAAGCCGUACUUAUGCUCGGACUGCGGUAAAACUUUCUUCAUGUUCUUAGCUCUGAGGACUCACGAGAGAGCCCAUGCGGACCAUGAAAGAAGCCAAGCAAGAGGGGCAAGCCAUACAGUAGGGCCAAUGCUAUAA